AUGUCAAACUUGCGAUUUUUCGAUGAAACUAAUGAAGAUCAAAACAACCAAGACUUAUUACCUAUAACUGGUUAUGAAUCAAUGCCAUUAGUCACACUUGAAAAAGCUGUCGAACCAAUUGAAAUGUUUUUAUAUGAUUUAAAAGACAAAGUACAAAGAGCCAAGCAAAACUGUAGACACUUGGAAUCGUCUUGCUUAACGCAGGACGAGGCAGCUGCUAUAUAUAUUUAUACGAUGGAAUGGGCACCAGUCGAAUGUUGUUUGUAUCAUUUGCUUAAUCAAACAUUACGUCAUAGAAAUCGUCACGAAUUAAUACCGUGGUUCAGUUAUUUAAAAUUAUUAUUGACGGCAUUGUUUAAAUUACCAUCAAUUAAGAAAACAGUAUGGCGCGGUGUUAAAUUAAAUUUACAAUACCCAGACAGUAUGAAAUUCGCCUGGUGGAGUUUUAUAUCUUGUACAGAAUCAUUAACAAUAUUAGAAUCCGAAGCAUUUUUAGGUAAAGGACAUUAG